GCCGGUUACUAGUUAGUUAUUCGUCGAUCGUGUCCGGGUGAUCGUACGGCUUCGCGAGACGCGUCUUCCAUGGGGUCUUGAUCAUGUUAGCCCUUGCCGCACUGGUAUCUAACAGCGAUAAGUCUCGCCGCGUGUCGGUAUUAUGGGCUGCCCGGACUUUUUUCCGCUUCGUUUUCCAACGCGGAGCGCACCGUUCUCUGUCGUAGUCGAUUCGUCGUCGCGCUUGUCUCGCGGGGCUGUUUUCGAGACGCGCUCGAAAAGUUAAAGUUUAUUUGAACGAGUGUUUUGCUACGGUCGCAGACGGAUUGUGCAACGAAGACUGAAUGAAGAUGCAACUUUCGUGGUCGCCGCGGACGCACUGAGAGGAUUUUUGAAGCGAGAUUGAAAAUUGGCUCGCGACGAAUUGGAGGGAAACUGUUGUUUGUUCUCUGUCUUGGCGCGACUGGUAGCUUGAAAAUAAUGUGACAGCGUUAUUCUUGUAGUCUUUUGAUCUUUUUUAAUGUUUCGUACUGCAUUUAGAAUUUUUUGGAAAGUUUAUUCCGGAAGAGAGGCGAUUUAACUGAGGAAAUAAUUAUAAUUUAGGAUUUUAAGCGACGCGUUUUAAGCCCAUUUUAAGCACUUUAUUGAAAUGUUCGUACGUUUGUUCGUACGUUUACGAAGGAUUUCGUGGUUACUUUUGCUAGCGAGCCAAUUUGCAUAGACGAUACGGCCACGUCGAUAGACGGAAUCAUAUUACACAAGAAAAUACAGUCUUUUCAACACUUUUCGUUAAGCACAUUAAAUAAAAUAAGACGCUGGAAUCGAGGAUAACUUCAAUAAUGCUUCCGAAUACCACUUCGAUAGACGCAAUCAUGUUGCUCCGCGCAAAGCAGUUUGCGCGUUAACUGUAAAUCACGGAAAAUCGUAACUCCAUUGUUCGCGAAACGAGUUCGGAUAAUCCCGGCGGAUCGGUCGAUAAAAGGCCGCUCUCGAGACAAUUAUCAGCUUCCAAGCGACUCCCAAAAGUUCCAUAUUUCUUCGGUGUUUCGUCGUUUCGCGUCUAAACGUAACGCGCGUGCUUUAAACUCGAACGGUUCGUUCGAAAGAUUUUUUGAAACGAACUAUAGUUCGAGAGACGAUCGAGCGCGUUGCUUCGUGCGGGACACCCUGUACAUGGAAUAACGAAGAUCGAAUCUGGUGUUUGUGUCGGUUUACAUCGGAGAAUUUCGCCUCGCCGUUCACUGUUCCAAAAGGUUGCCCUUGUCGAUCUAAACAACAGAAAAACCGGCGCGUAUCUUCCUCGGGCGCAGUUCGUCGGCAGCUAUCUUGCAGGAGUCAACGUCGUCCGGCGAGUCUCGAUUUGCUGGGAUGUCUAGUGACUUAGGAAUGGAGCUCGAUGGAUCUUCGUCCGGUGCAAUUUCCAAGGCGGCCGGAGCUAUAAAAGGAUGGGUGGAGUCGAUGUUCUUGGCGGUGUCGCGGUCGUUCUUGGGCCAGCCGAUCUUCAAAACGAUCGAUUACUGCUUGAACGUCGUGGAGAAGUCUACGUUAUGGAGUUUGUCGGCUCAUGAAAUCAGUGCUGAGGAAGAUGGAAAGAUCUUCGGAAGAAUCGAACUGCUCAGACCUUUGCCUUGGAUCCUCUUUCUACCAGGGUUGAUCAUGCUGCGAAUUUUCCGAGACGGCAUCAACGUGGGUGCUUAUAUCCUUGGCUAUCCUCGCCUGGAACCGAUUAAAAUGGUAAAAUACGUGCAGAAAUGCCGCAGACGGUUAAGAAUGCUGCAUUUAAAGGCAUCGAAAUCGUCGCGACGUAGAGUGACCAGUAACAAGGACAAGAUCCUGAUCAGAUCCAUAAGAUUGACACUGUCGACGUUGUUUUGCUUGGGCUCGUCCAAAUUGUCACCGUCCCCACCGCCGAUUAAAAUUUGUGUAACCGGUCUGGACUUCGACACGACAGCAACAUCGGGCGAAGGGUCGAACACCGAGUCCACCGAAAGCCCUAGCCAGACGGAACGAAAACGCAAAUUGUCCCAAGUGAGUUCUGAUUCCGAAACUGAAUCAAUAAUGUCGAUGAUCGACAAAUACGCUUUGAUGAGCAGCGACGACGAUUCCGAUUUCACCCCGAAUUUUCAGCCGGUCGAGUGCAUACCGCAGCCAAGUUCGUCGAGCAGCGACGACGAACGGGAACACGACAUAUCCGUGUCCGAGGUGGAGGACAUUAAGAACGACACUGCGGAGUUCUUGGGCGAUAGCAGACUAGCGUGCCACGCGCUUCUUCUCGAUAAGACAUCAUCUGACACGGAAACGGAGACCGCUGCGGGAACGAUCGAGACGCGCGUCGACAGUUCGGAAACCAAAACGCAGAUUGAGGUACACGCGUCGGCCGAUUUCAUCAUGCAUGAGGCGCAAUGUGAAGCUGCCGAGAUCGCAGCCACGGUUCCAGAAACGGAAGCAGCGCUGCCACCGCUGCCGACGCUGAGUCUCACCGAAGCCGUGGCCAGCCAGGAACGCAACGACACACUGAGCCAGGAACGCAACGACACGCCGAGCCAGGAACGCAGCGACACGCGGAGCCACCAGCCGAGCUGUUCGAGCACGCUGGACAACGCGUUUUACCCGCGAGGGAAGAAGCACAAACCGGGCAAGAAGCAGUCCGGGCGGCAUGCGACGAAGCACGACAAACGGUUCCUCGAGGUGGAGACGACGCACAGCGACGUCGUUCCCUAAGGCUGAAAAACGUGUCCUAAGCUCGCGUGGAUCAGAAAACGUUCCCUCGUGCGCGACUCGAGGGUGGAAACUACCUUGUCCCCCCCUCCUGCCUCCCUCGCGCCUCGGAUCAUGUCCGCACACGCGUCGUCCGUCGAAUUUCUUACGAAACGACUUGCUUCCUCUGGAAGCAAGCAAGCACGCGCGCGCGCAAAGAGCCGCGUUAUCGGUAAGGUUGCAGUGUUGUAAUCGAGCGUUGCGUGAUCGAAGACGGCUGCGCCGAUACGGCCGCGUCUUAUCAGCUAUCGCUAUCGAUCGCGAUUUUUGGCGAGCCGGGGCGACUCGAUUCUACGUACUACCUUCUUUCCUGUACGAUACUCGCUGCUAGACAUACAGGGUGUCCCAAAAGUGUCCCGCGAUGUUUCAGUUAGAUUCCUUGGGUCAUUUCGAGCAACUUUUUCCUUUACGAAAAUUUGCUCCGCGGCUUCGUUUACGAGUUAUCGACGAAUAAACGUGGACCAAUCGGAGGCGAGCUCGACUGGCGCGUCGCGGCCGAGCCAAUGAGGGGAGCUGGGCUCCCCGCGCUCGCCGGCUGGGCCGCCUCGCGCCAGCCGAGCGCGCGCUUUCAUUGGUCAGUGUUUUUCGUUGAUAACUCGCAAACGAAGCGGCGGAGAACAUUUUCGUAAAGGGAAAAGUUGCUUCAAAUCGCCUCGGGAGCACAUCGUUUCCGGCAGAAGAGACAUUUUUGGGAUACUCUGUUUAGGGUUUCCCUAGAAAGACACGCACGAGCGGGUACAAGGUGAUCGCUCGUGAAAAGCUGCGGAAAGAAUGCAAAAUAACGUUCCUUUAUUCGGCGUCUUAGUUUUUCGAGAGUAAUUCGAGUUCGAAAGUCUGCUUUGCACAUACGUUUCCGCGGCUAAGAUUACGAUUCGUCGAGCAAUGUACAUCGUACGAACGAGAACAAACUAUUUUGCAUUCUCCCUUGCAGCUCUCUUUCUUCGCGGGGAAUCGCCUGGUGCUCGCGACUACGUAUAUCUCACGCGACACCCUGUAUAUUCGUUAGCUUGUACUAGUGUAAUUACGUUGUCUCCUCAGAAUAUGAGAAAUAUUUAUUUAGGGACUAGAACCGUUUGUCGAAUUCCUGCUCGAAAGGAAAAUGUUCGCGCGCACAGAAUUUUAUUGUCUCAACAAAAUAUUGUUACGUUAUUGGAAUAUUUUUACGUUGUCCCGUUAUUUUCGUUGCACGUUCAAAUCUUCUCACGAGUCGUUGCACCGCGAAUUUGGUUGGCGAGAGCGUUUGCGCGUGGCAUAGUAAGCGAGACAUAGUGAGCUAAGCAUAGUCAACUAAGCAUAAUCAACUAAGCUUAGUCAAAUAAGCAUGGCCAACUAAGCAUAGUGAGCUAAGCAUAGUGAGCUAAGCAUAGUCAACUAAGCAUAGUCAACUAAUCAUAGUCAACUAAGCAUAGUCAAAUAAGCACAGUUGACUAUGCUUGGCUCACUAUGCUUAGCUCACUAUGCUUAGUUGACUAUGCUUAGUUAGCUCACUCAGUCACAACUAAGCAUAGUCAACUAAUCAUAGUCAACUAAGCAUAGUCAACUAAGCAUAGCCAACUAAUCAUAGUCAACUAAGCAUAGUCACCUAAGCCUAGUCAACUAAGCCUAGUCACCUAAGCCUAAUCAACUAAGCAUAGUCAACCAAGCAUAGUCACUUAAGCAUAGUCAGCUAAGCACAGUCCGCGAGAUUUUUAAAUACCGCCGGAAACAAUAACAAAUUCCUCCACGUCGUUUCGAUAAAGGUAUCAACGUCGUCCGAUUAGAAUAAUCGAGCGAUUAUGAUUUCCAAGUAGCGAAUUUUGCCGCAACAAUAUCAACAAGAUCGGCAACAACAUAACUUAUACGAAACACUGUGCGUAGUCUGCAGCACGAUCUUGGACUUUUAGAGAUAAUAAAUAAUUGCAACUUAAAUUAGAAAAUCGUCGGGUACCGUGUACUUAAUGAAUCCAAUGUUAUCGUUCGAUUUUUAAAGCGCUGCUUUUUUGUUUUCGAACACCGUGUGCGUUGCAAUCGGAACACGAUUAUGCAAUCGAGCGGCGACGGUUUCCGAUUCUUCUCGAACUUUUGUCUGCGGAAAAAGUUCUCUGUCGCGUUUCUCGUUGGUUUAAGACAAUUUCGCGUCGCACUCUGUUCGGAGGAUAUUUCGUGUUAUUGUACGCGGAUUUAUUUGCGGAAAUUGUCAUCGAGGAACGGAAAGUGAUUGAAUAAAAAUUCACGUUGUACUGGA